UCAUCUCUGCUCUAAUUAAGCUUGACACCUUCUUUUUCUUUAGGACGCCACCGAAAGAAAACGCGGGGAGCAUUUCUGAGCCUUUGGGGAAUCCCGGAGAAAGAAGGGGGGGUGGAGCCAGCCAAUGACCCGGAAGCAGAAGUGACUCCCACCGACAGAGUGCUGGGGAGCGGCAGCAGCCACCGCAGCGGUAGAAGCAAGAAUUUAUCUGUGUGCAGACCCAAUAUCGGAAGAAGAUGCUAAUUAAAGUGAAGACGCUGACCGGAAAGGAGAUUGAGAUUGACAUUGAACCCACAGAUAAGGUGGAACGAAUCAAGGAACGUGUGGAAGAGAAAGAGGGAAUCCCCCCACAGCAGCAGCGGCUCAUCUACAGUGGUAAACAGAUGUGA